UGAGCCCAAGUACUCCUAUAGCUUGACAAGAGCAACAGCCCUCUAUUGGACACUUUCCUUCUCUCUUCUGUUGCAAAAGCUUGGGAAGAAAUCGCUUGGCAACGCAUGCACAAGAUACCGCAGCACUGUUGAAGGAAGGUAGGACCUUUUCCAAAUUGAUUCAAGAGUAUUCGGAGUACAUCCUGUCAGAAAUCCUAACAAAUAAAACAUGAACGUUCAGUACUAUUCCAUAGACUUUUUGCUUCUCUGCAUAUCUUGUGGAGCAAGUGUUUUGGCAACGAGUAUUCCUGCCGUGUCCACGUUGCCAGCUACCAAUUUCACCAAUCUUGGCGCAGCGUUCAACUAUGGAACGGACACCAGCAAUAUUUCCAAAACCAGGAGGAAGCGUUAUAUUACCCAAAAUGACAUGCUUGCCAUUCUUGAUUACCACAAUAAAGUAAGAGGAAAGGUUUUCCCCCCGGCUUCCAACAUGGAGUAUAUGAUAUGGGACGAGAACCUGGCCAAGACGGCGGAAGACUGGGCCCAUGCCUGUAUGUGGGAGCACGGGCCCCGCCACCUCCUCAGAUUCCUGGGCCAGAACCUCUCCGUCAGGACGGGUCGCUAUCGCUCCAUUCUCCAGCUGGUGAAACCAUGGUACGACGAGGUCAAGGACUACGUGUUCCCUUACCCACGUGACUGCAACCCACGCUGCCCCCUCAAAUGCUACGGACCCAUGUGCACACACUAUACACAGAUGGUGUGGGCGUCAUCCAACAAAGUGGGCUGUGCUGUACACACUUGUCACAAUAUGAAUGUGUGGGGCUCUGUGUGGAAACGGGCCACAUACUUAGUGUGCAACUACUCUUCUAAGGGGAACUGGAUAGGAGAGGCCCCCUACAAAGUAGGUGUCCCUUGCUCUGCCUGUCCUCCCAGCUAUGGGGGCUCUUGCAGCAACAACAUGUGCUUCCCUGCCCUGAAAACAAACUACCUGCACUGGUUCAAAUAAACACAGGUUCCUCCAAGUUCUCCCUUAAAUAAGCUGACUCCCUUACUGCCAUAGGGACUUCUCUACCCUGAAAGGAUUUGCACAACAGUCCUGGACCAUGCCUUUCUGUAUAUAAGGGCUUAUUUAAGAGUCCAGCACACAUUUAAAGGCAGAACAUGUUUCGAUGAUGUGAGGUCAUUCAUGAUGUGUAUAUAAACUGUACAAUUAUUUUAUGUUUUUGUACAAAAACUUUUCAUUGAUAUGAUUUGAAGGUUUGGAAAGGCCGAUUAAUUGAAAGAUUAUGAGAGAAUAUAUCUGAUGGUGGUGCAUGCAUUCUUUCUGUUUCACUAUUGUUUUAUUCCUGAUUAUUAAGGGUCAAGAUGCUUUGUUGUCUAAUGGUUUAUGGAAUAUUGAUAAUAACCAAUCACAGCUGCUUAAUUCUCUUCAAUGGUGCUAAAGGUGUCACACUUUGAGUCGGUGUGUGUUACCCACAUGGCCCUGUCAUGGUCAGAGGAACAUCAUGAUAAUAGCUUCAAUUUGUGUUGUAGCCAGUUGGCAAAAGCUGGAAGGUCACACUACAAUAUCGUUGAUGGUGAUUAUUUUUGUAAUGCUGGUGUUUUGUCACCAUAGUGAGUUUAGUGGUGCUUUGUGUGAGUUUCAGUGUGCACUGAUUGUGAUGCUUAACCUUUUUAUAAUUGUACUUUUAUGUCAUAGCUGAGCGCAUUUCACAGGUUUCAGUCAGUAUUAUCCAGAUUGAUGGGACAAGGAGAAAAAUUUCAGUAGACAAAUCUAAUGUCCCUUGUCUGAAGUUGUUUUAUGUUGUUCACAGAUUUGUUUUCAGUUCUGAGAUAAUGAAAUGCACCUUAAGUGUUUCUAUAUUCUCAAAUAUCAAGAAAUCACUAUUUUUGUAUAUAAUCACCAUAAUCUAACUAUGACUAUCCUUAUACGUCAUGCAUACUCUAAGUUAUUCAUUUUUAUAUGCCAGAAAUAUUUAAUUUAAAAUGAAUGUUUUACGGUGUCUUGUAAAAAGUUAUGUAUAUAGAAAUGUUUAAAUGUGUUUUCUCCUUUUGCAUUUAUGUCGAAAGAAUGAAAUGGAUUGUAUGAUUGCAUUUCCCAUUUUGAGCAGACUAUAGUGAUUUAUAUGAACUAAGCACUAGGACAGUAUUGGCAAGUAAAUGCCUCCACUAUUUCCAAAUUCCUUUAAAAACUAGGUCAGAUUCUGAACAGUCUUCCACAUUCACUGUAUGGGCUUGUGUCUGAUAACCAAGUAACAAUGGCGUUUAGCAAAAUCAGCAGUGUAAAGAAAUAGCAUAAAAUUGAAUGAAAAACUUUUAGAUGUAAAAUAGAGAUUAACAGGACAACACCAGCAUUAGCAAUUAGCAUGAUUUUUAAAAUCCGCACUGACUGUAUUUAAAUUCUGAAUUGUUGUAUUUAUACAAUGAAUUGUGCUUCAGCUGCUGUGUUUUGUAUUUUGUAAUAAAAAA